UAAUUUUUUUUAUUUAAUGUUAAAUUGUAUAUAUUUUUAUUUUUUGAAAGUAUAUGAAAGUGAUACUUAAAAAUGUUAAAUAACAUAUAAAUCUAAAAAAGUUAGAAAAAUAGUGAAACCCUAUGGAGCAUUCUCAUGCCACUCUCGCCUCUUCACUAUCGACCGUCGCCGUCCACCGUUCUCACCGCCGUCCACCGUUCUCGUCACGGUUUGAAUUCUCAUUUCGUUCAACUUUCUCAUCACAGUUCUACGAUUUCACAUCUUCAUUUUCAGUGAAAACUUGCUCGCAGGAACCCUAAUCUAUUAUGUCGAAUCGCAGGUAGGAGAUUUGAAUUAGGUCAGUUGAAAUCGUGUUGACAUUGUAAUUGUUGUUCAAAAACUAGUUUUUAUGCUUCCUUUAGAUAUAAUUUAGAGUAGAUUCGGUUCAUGAACUUGUUACAGAGGAAUAACUGAGCAUGGAAAAGUAACCUUGCUAUCAUAUGUUAUUGAUUUGGUUCAUGAACUGAGCUUAUGAAAGAUUUAUAUUUAUUUAGUAUAAGUUUUUUUCUUUGUCAUGGACAGGUUUUAUUUCUAGAACUGAGGAAGAUUGAAAAACUUGAAGAAGAAAAUAUGCUUCAACGAAUGUUUGCCGGUGGUGCCAAAUGUCAAUUAAUGCCUUUUUGUAAACUUGAAUUACAUGCUAAUAUCGAAUUUUCCGACUAGACCUAAGGGUUUGAUUACUCUUGGUUUUUAAUAGUUACUAAUUUAUUGGUGCUGCUGGUUUAUAUAUGUAAAUUGCUAUUGUUUCUUGCAGAGUUUUGAGGCUUUGAAUCAGCGAGCAGUGGCUGUAGUUGUGGAUCCAAUUCAAAGUGUUAAAGGAAAAGUGGUGAUUGAUGCUUUUCGAUUGAUCAAUCCACAGACAAUGAUGCUCGGGCAAGAACCAAGGCAGACAACUUCCAAUCUGGGGCAUCUGAAUAAACCAUCUAUUCAGGUUUUCACCGAAACCGUUUUUCAUUUAUGUUGACAUGUCAUGGACAAAGUUCGAUCCUGCCGGUCUUGAUCUUCUUUCGGUACACAUAACUGUUUUUGAAUAGGCUGCAUAUUGUCAGGUUUGUUUCAUGAAUUCAGAGUGAAAGCAAAUGUGCUCUUGUGUAUGGUCAAAUGAACGAGCCACCUGGUUCUCGUGCCGGUGUUGGACUUACUGGACUCACUGUCGCUGAACACUUCCGUGAUGCUGAAGGACAUGAUGUGCUUCUUUUCAUCGACAACAUUUUCCGCUUUACUCAAGUAUGGACAACUUAUCCUGGGACCAGAAGUUGGAAGAAGCAAAGAAGGACGACAAGAUUUAUUCAAGAUUACAUGUUCGAUGAAAGUGUUUGCCUCCUACUUCGGGCCAAGUGGUUCAAGCCUUUAGUUGUUGAAGAGCGUCCAGUUGUUGAAGAAGAUAUCUAUGAGAUAGAAGACUAUUAUUAUCAGUAUGAAGAAGCUGAUGAUGAUCUAGAUGACAAUGAGGCUUACUAUGGUGCUUCAGCAAAUGUCCGGCUUGGCAACCGUAGAUGGGGAGACAACAGUUUUGUAAGGGCUGGGCGUCAAGAAGCUCGGCCGGUCCAUCAACCAAGCUUCCAGGAUUCAGGAGAGGGGAAGAAAGGUGGAGUUACCGAACAUAAAUGGAGAAACGACGGUGGUCGUUUUCAAUGGUAUGGUGGUCGAAAAACGUGAAUCUCCUCUUCCCUUUUGAUGGAAUCUCAACUGUUUCAACAUCAAUAGUUCCUCUGUGAUGGAAAAACGGUUUUUCAAUUUCACUCUCACUGUGUCGUUGUUUCCCUCUACUGCUACCUUAAACUUUGCAUCUCUCAACUAAAGAUGUUGAAAGCAAUGUUAAAGAAUGGCCCAUGGUCAAUCAAUUUAAGACAUGAUAAAAGUGAAGAAAAUUGAGGUAUUACUUGCUCUGAACCAUCCAUGAGUCUUUUGGUAUUCAGAAGGCAGAUCCAUCAUUGAAUCAAAGUUGUAACAGUAAGAUGAGUUUUGCAUGUUAUGGUGGUGGUGGUCUUUAUUGGGGCCAUGGCUUGAUUUAAUAAUUAUAAUUUGUGAUUUUUUUUUGGUGUGGUGAUGGUCUUUAUUAUUUAUGUUGUAUGUUUGUUUGAAUUGUAUAUAUUGAAGAGGACAUUCGAUCGUUUCAUGGAGUUCGUUGUUCACUUUA